UAACAAUUGGACGUGCCUGUGCAUAUAUCGAUGCGUGAAAAAAGGAAGGAGACGAGGGAAACUGAAACUGAUCGGAGGAUGGGACCGUGCGAUCGGCUGCAGGAGGCGUUGAUGGAGUGUCACCGGCGGGUUCCGGCGGUGGCGGCGCGGCGGAGGACGUGCGGACAUCUGAACAGGGCGUUGGCGGAGUGCAUCGUGUCGGAAGCCUGUCCGGAGGAGUCAGAGGCGGUGCGAUCGCUCUGUUCCAGCUCCGGAACCCGACUCAAGCGCCGUCAAUGUAACGACGCUCAGUUCUCUCUCUCCCUCUGUCUCUCUCGCCAUCAACAGCGACUUGAGGAUCGAUGAUUUUGGCGGCGAUGACGGCGAGAUUCGGCGCGGUUGUAUUGUAUGUCCGAUUCGUGUUCGUCGCGAGCCAGUGAGUUCGAGAUCUUAGGUUCUCUUCUUCGGUUGUUUGCCGCGCUCCGGUAUGGAUAAUUUUCUAGGGUUUCCGGAUGCUGAAUCAUUGUGAUCUAUUGGGAAAUAGAGGAUUAGAGACGAAACUAUUGAAAUCAGGAUCGAUACUCUAGGGUUGGGGAUAAAAUAUGUGUUCUAUACAUGAUGAUCCUGCAGCCUCUAUAUGGGAGAAUUUGUGGAUGUUGCGUAGAUGAGCUGUAACUGUUGAUUUGGUUCUUCUUCUUCUUGAUGGGGGAUUGUUGAGACGAUGAAAUUCUUAAUGUACUUGAUGGGGGAAUCUUUGAUGGUUGCCUGGAUUAAGACUAGGGUUCUAAUUUGAUGGUCGGAUUGUGUUAUCAAGUAAGGUGCUUUACCUGUUCAUUGUCUAAUUGGUUAUGCCAAUCAAACAGACUCGCGAUCUUGGCUAAUGGAUCGAACAUCAGGGCAAAACCUCUCUCUCUAUGAUUUUGUCCUGAACUGAGUCAGGGUUAGCUGGAUUACAUGUGGACUGCUAGCCAGAUCUUCACAAGUGGGGCUUCCAAACCAUGGUCUGAUUUGGUUCCAGAGUCGGUUUCGGGUAAGUAUGUACUUUGGUGAAAAUGGUUCUGCUGCAAAUGGCUUGGCAACUUACACCAUAUAUAUAUGUGCCCGGAUUGAAGAUAUAUGGCUAUCAAUGCCUGCCUGGUCUCCCUUUUCGAGCAGUAACAAGAAAAAGAGGGUUCUGUUCUGGUCUGUGAGAAAUACGAUAUCAAUGGUGAGAAUCUGUAACUUGGUCACAGCCUAUAUUAGAUGCAUGAACUGUACGGCUAUACCUUUGGAUUGUUGAACUGUAGCCUUGGAUUGGAUGUGAAGCUCACCCACAACAUAAACAGGUCAAGAAGCCUUGUGGAGCUACUUUGAGCUGCUUCAGCUGAUGAUGUUUUGCCAGUAUUCUACGCUUUUCUCCGGUAUAGAUGUU